AUGUUGAUCGACACGGGCGCGGAGAUCACAUUCAUCACUGCUUCUCUCGUGCAGCAACUCAAGCUUCACCGGGAAGCAUCGGUAAUACCGAUCAUCGGGAUCGGCGGGACGCAUUCGGGCCACACGCGCGGGGUGGUUAGCGUAAAGCUUCGGUCUAUGCACUCAUCGGACAUUGUCUCAAUAAAAGCUCACAUUUUGUCAAAGUUAAUGCCUACUCUCCCUUCAUUUACACCUCCUAACAUCUCACUUUCUCAUCUGCAAGGUCUUCCACUUGCAGACCCGGAAUUUCUCUCACCAGAGUCCAUCGAUUUAAUUCUCGGGGCUGACAUCUAUGGGCAACUCAUUCGGGAGCAGAUCAAGCGGGGGCCUCACGGCACACCGAUUGCACAGAAUACGGUUUUCGGGUGGAUCGUUCUCGGUCCUAUGGACUCUUCUCAACAGUCAGCCGGGUUGGUUCAUCACGCUGCAGUGGAUCACGGGUAUCAGGAGCUUCAGGAUCUCCUCACACAGUUUUGGGUACAGGAAGAAGUCUCGGGCUCGGGCGAAUCGCACCUCACUCCUGACGAGCAGGAAUGUGAGACUCAUUUCUUGACGACACACAAACGGGACUCAGACGGGCGGUACGUCGUCAGAUUGCCGGUUAAAUCCGCAUCGGGGACAUUGGGCGGGUCUUUUCACACAGCUUCUUCCUGUCUCCAUCGACUACAAUGCAAACUCAAUCGGGAUUCAAGCUACAAGGGCCUCUACGACACGUUUCUCGGGGAAUACGAAUCAUUGGGGCACAUGACUCGAGUCUCGGGCAAUCACGCCCCGCUCGGGCCCAUUUACUACUUGCCGCACCACGGGGUGCUUACCACAAAGUUACUUGUUGUAUUCAACGGGUCGUGCAAUACAGAUUCGGGAAUUUCGCUUAACGACAUUCUGCACACGGGCGCGAAACUGCAGCGAGAUAUUUCGGACGUUCUCUUGUGGGUCAGACGACACCGUUUCGUCUUCGCGACCGACAUCGUUAAGAUGUUCCGGCAAAUUCGGGUUCACGAAAGUGAUUGGGACUUACAACGCAUUUUAUGGGUGGACGAGGGCGGGCGGGUCGUUCCAUUCCAUCUCACCACGGUCACUUACGGUACUCGGUCAGCACCAUUUCUCGUGGGACGGGCCCUGGAUCAACUGGUUACAGACGAGGGCGGGAAAUAUCCCGAAGCUGUCGCCCCUCUUACAAAGGGGCGAUAUGUGGACGAUAUUUACGGCGGUGCUGACCAGCUCGCAGAUCUCAUCACGCAAGCGGAGCAACUCAUCGGGAUUUGUACGGCGGGCUGCUUUCCUCUGGCCAAGUGGCAGAGCAAUCAUCCGGAGCUUCUCACGGCGGUCGGAGCGACCUCAUCAAUGGAAAACGCUCGGUACACAGCCGGGGACGGGAUCACGAAACGCAUCAUUCUCUCGGAGAUCGCACAAUUAUACGAUCCAUUGGGUUUUCUCUCACCGGUAACGAUUCGAGCCAAAGUUCUCUUACAAAGGCUUUGGUUAGAAAAGUUAAAUUGGGACGACCUUGUGUCAACGGAAGUUCGCAACUCUUGGGUCGCGUUUCGGCAGGAACUAUCGCAUCUCGGGACGGUUUCGGUACCGCGGUGGCUCAACAUCGCGACGGGUACAUCGGUCGAACUACACGGGUUUUCGGAUGCAUCUCAACUAGCAAUGGGCGCAGCUGUGUACGUUCGGGUUUCGGGCGCGGGUAAUCAAACAACGGUCUCACUAGUCUGCGCUAAGACUAAGGUCGCACCGAUCAAACGGCUCACAAUUCCUCGGUUGGAGCUCGCAGCAGCGGUGCUGCUUGCUAAACUCACACACCACGUGCAAAACGUGCUGGGCCUUGAUGACUCACGGGUAUACCUAUGGACGGACUCAAUGGUAACGCUCACUUGGGUCACUUCUCAUCCUUCACGGUGGAAGGAUUUUGUUCGGAAUCGGGUAUCACUGGCACAGGAGCUCGUGCCACGGGCCCAAUGGAGAUUCACACCGGGUCGGGACAAUCCAGCGGAUUGCGCAUCACGGGGGCUAACCAUCUUACAACUCGCGCGACAUUCAUCAUGGUGGGACGGGCCUCACUGGUUAGCCAAAGACUCAUUCCAUUGGCCAACUCAUCGCAUCGGGACGGGGGACGCAGCGGCGCUCGAAGAGCGGCCAGGUCUUACACUCUCACUCGCAACAUCACCCUCACCGGUUUACGAUCUCAUCUUGAAAUACUCAUCUCUCACACGGUUGUUGCGAAUCACCUCAUGGCUCUUCAAGGUGAUUACAAACCUGAAAAGAGCGGGCGACGGUACAUCGGGUUCAGCCAACAUCACACCGGGAGACCUGGAGAACUCACGGCUUUAUUGGGUGAAAGCCAUUCAGGGAGCAUACUUCACUUCAGAGCUUAAAACACUCACAUCGGGCUACACUCUCCCGAAAUCGCAUCCGAUCACGCGAUUAACGGGCUUCAUAGAUCAUCAAGGCAUUCUCAGGGUGGGAGGACGGCUGAAGCACUCAGCCUUACAACCUGAUUGCAAGCACUCAGUCAUUCUCCCUCGGGACUCACCACUUACGGCACUUCUCAUCGCUGAUGCCCACGAGCGCACUCUCCACGGCGGGACUCAACUCACUUUGGCUUAUCUACGGCAGAGCUGCUGGAUCAUCGGCGGGCGUGGGCCAGUACGCUCAUACAUUUUGCGUUGCGUGCGGUGCGCGCGCUUCCGGGCGCUCAAGGCACAGCAACUAAUGGGUCAGUUGCCAAUCUCACGGGUUACGCCGGCAAGGCCGUUUCUCUUCUCGGGGGUCGACUACGCGGGGCCAGUUUCACUCAAAAGCUGGCGCGGGCGUGGGAGCAAAUGUCACAAAGGCUGGUUGUGCAUUUUCGUUUGUUUCGCUACCUCCGCUAUGCACCUUGAAGUUGUUACAGAUUUAACCACGGACGGGUUCCUCGCAGCACUCAGACGGUUCACGGGCAGACGCGGGAUUCCGCACACGAUCCAAAGUGAUUGCGGAACCAACUUUCAGGGUGCAGCAGCGGAGCUACGACAAUUAUUCAAAACGGGUACACGGGAAUCCGAACUCAUUCAGCACACUGGGGCAACUGACGGGAUUAAAUGGGUGUUCAACCCACCGGGGGCACCUCACAUGGGCGGAAAAUGGGAGGCCGCAGUAAAAUCGGUCAAGUAUCAUCUCCGGCGGACGAUUGGGGAUGCCAGUCUCACGUUUGAAGAAUUUACGACUCUUCUCACACAAAUUGAGGGCAUACUCAACUCGCGGCCGUUGGAGCCUCUGUCGGAUGACCCGGAUGAUUAUUCGGUUCUCACCCCUGGGCAUUUUCUCAUCGGGGACACACUCACCUCCAUUCCUGAGCCCUCAUUACGGGAUGUGCCUCAAGGUCGCCUCACACGGUGGCAAUGGCUCCAGGAACGGGUUCAAUACUACUGGGAGCAUUGGUCAUCGGGAUACCUGCAACGGCAGCAGGCUAUAUCAAAAUGGCAUCAUCCGAGUCACGACAUCCGGGUCGGGUCUAUGGUUCUACUCAUGAACGAAAACACGUCACCCACAAAGUGGCCACGGGCACGGGUCACACAACUACAUCCGGGAAAGGACGGGCUCACACGGGUGGUUACUCUCAAAACGGCGACGACCACACUCACACGGCCUAUCACCAAACUGGCACUCUUGCCAGUGCCUCAACCGGGAUCAAUCGACAGCACUGCUGCCGAUGGCGGGCGGAAUGUUCAGGAUUGA